AGUACUUGCUUUUGAGAGCCUAGCUAGGAAUUUUAGCAGAAAUGUUUUAUGUGAGCAUGAGCUUCAUGGCAACUAUCUAGAAUUGUUUUUGAUUUGUGUUAGUUUAAAGCUUUUGUUUUCUUUAUGUUUCAGAGGAUGAAAGUAUUUUAACAGCUUCAGUCUUCUAUAAGUGACGACUCUGCUAUAUGGAUUCUCUAGCAGAUGAUAACUUUUAUUUAGACAAAGUGUGGGUACAGUGUGAAAACAGCAGCUGUUUAAAAUGGAGGCUAUUAUCAAGUGAUGAUGCAGCACAAGUUGAUCUCAAUGCACCAUGGUAUUGUUAUAUGAAUGCUGAUCCAUGGUUUAAUAAGUGCUCUGAUUCUGAAGAAUGUUUUCCUGAGCCCUCUCAGUUUCAAAAACACGGAUUAAAGUAUGUGUAUUCAAAGCUUCUUUUAGGAAGUUUAGUUUUGGUGAAAAUGCAUGGGUGGCCACGGUGGCCUGGCAUUAUUUGUCCUGAUCCUGUUAAUGGACAAUAUGUGAUAUACGACUCAGAUGAAAAUGUUGAAAGUCAUCAUGUAGAGUUUCUGGGGAAACCCCAUUCCAGGGGUUGGGCUGCCAUAAAUCACAUUGACCAUUUUCCUAGCUCAUUAAAGCCUGACACAUGUAAGAGGAAAAAAACUUGGUUUGAAAGUGCAUUGGAAGAAGGAAACAAACUGCUUGCCUGUUCUGCUCAGGAAAGACUUGAAAUGUGCUACUUAUCAAAAAAGGGCACAGUUAAGAAGCAAGAAGGUGAAACUGGUACAAUACUGUGUGGCAAACCAAUGAAAGCUUGGGCAGAAACUAGUUCUAAGAAAAGUGGCUCCAGAGUUGGAAGAAAGAGAAAGGGGGAAAUAAUGUGUUCUUUAGAAACUGCAGGAUCAGAAGACAUUCUGUCAGCAGAAAAUCUAGUUGUCUCCGAGACAGAAAUUAUACUAAAAGAUUUGGACCAAAUUCUUGAGCAUGUUGCAGCCUCUUCCAAGCCAGCUUUUGAAUCAUUUCUGGAUACAGAAGAUAAUAAUGUGAAGGAACAGGUAUCUAACUGCUGUAUGGAGUUUACUGAAAAAGGGCCAAUGGAAAUCAAUACCCAAGAGGACUGUAUUAUAAUUGACGGGAAAGCUUUCAAGGCUGGAGAGUGCAUUGAGAGCAUAACAGACAAGUUUAAGGAAAUAGAUUCUUUAAUGGCUGAAUUCCAAGACAGCUUGUAGCACUGAUAAGAGAGAACCUAUUAUACUAUUUACAGCUUUAGAGUGCAUUCUUUUUCACAUAUAGCAAGAGAUUCUUAACAGUUGUGCGACAAUAUAGUCAGGUCAAAGUUAGACUCUUUUUAACAGUUUUGUUUUGUUUGAUCAAAUAUGUUGCUAAAACAGGUAUCAACUCUACAAUCUGUUAGUGGAACAUAAUAGUAAAGUCAUGUACUUCUGGAUAUCAUUUUUCCUUGAGUGAGUGAAGGUUUUUCCCCCUGCCUUUAAGCUAAUUGCUCAAUUUCUAAAAAUCAGAUUGCAAGCAGAGCAAUCAAACUUAAGUCUAGUAAUUUUAAGAAAUGCAGAAACCUUCCAACUAGAUGAUUUAUUUCUGGAUUUCAGAUAGUGUUCCUAUAUAUUUUAGUACUUUGUAAUAGGCUAUUUCUUGUACAUAUAUAAAAUAAAAAUUUUAAAUAUUA